CGCGCAACCAUGUCCACACCGGAUGGGACAGGCGACACCGACAGAGCACAGAAGCCGCUCAUCUGCGGGCGUUGCGGUUGCAGAUUCUCACGCCCCAGCCAUCUGCGGCGCCAUCAGCAGACCCAUCUUCCUUUGCAGCGCAAGAGCCUGUCCCCGUGCCCCCAGUGUGGGCGAACCUUUUCCCGCAAGGAUGUGCUGUUAAGGCACCUGCGCGGCGCACAUCAGGUCCACAUCGCGACCAAGCAGUCCGCCCAGAGGUCAUGCUUCCACUGCGUGGACAAGAAGCUCAGGUGCGAUCGAGGGCGGCCAUGCCAGUCCUGCUGCCAUGCCGGGGCUGAAUGCUCCUACGUGGGCUCCAGACCACUUGCCGAGGAUGAUGGUAUUCAGCUAGGGCAAGAGCUCACCAGCUGCCCAUCAUUCCCAGAAAUGCCACCUUCGCCAUUGGAGUUGGGAUCCAGGUCGCCAGCACUAGACACGCCAGACUCAACGACUGGCACGGGCACUCUAUCCCAGCCCAGUUCAAUCAAGCCGCGGUUCGCGGGUAACCCAUGUGCAUUAUCCGACCAACGAGACCUGGGACUACAUACGCCGUUCGCCGGAGCAACGGCCAAGAAUAUCGACUACCUGGGUCUAGGUAGUGCUUCCGCCAUGCCUUCCUUGGGCUCGCUCGUGCAGCCAGACCUCCUCACCAGCGCCUUCAACUGGCUGGAUUUUGAUGUGCCGGAUAUGGAUAUCGAUGAUUCGGUCAUCAUCCCCGACCCAAGUCUUUCGCCAGUGGCGGUUUGGUCUGAAUAUCCCGCGUAUCUCAACUCACAUCGGCAAGAAAGUCCAACGCAACAGCCUCCGGCAUACCUUUGCAACGCCAACCAGUCGGCCGCUCCCAGAGAAUCCGUCGGCAUGGCAUACAGCACCAGGACAGCACGUAACGGUCCGCUGUCAAGGGCAAGAGAACCACAGCAGCCCACGCAGUCUUGGCCUUUUGACCAGGCGCAAGAUCUGUUGUCGCAAAGAUAUCUGCUGCCACCGUUGAGAGAAGUCCUUGAGAAUACCUACCGAUCGGAUCUCCACGGCAGGGAUGCUGCGCUGCGAGGUCUAGUUCACCUCUUUUCGGAACCGUACUUACCGGAUCCCAAGCAGCACCAAGACGCUGUGGCGGCUCAGGCUACUGCUCUACUGCGACGUCUGCUCGAUUUAUACUUCGCGAAAUUUCACAACAUCCAACCUAUAAUUCACCUAUCUACAUGGGAAAUGACGACCUGCCCCACGGUCUUGCUGGCUGCCAUGGCGUGUGUUGGUGCCCUGUUGUCCAACGACCCACCGGAUCACGAUCUGGCAACUUCGCUCGGCGAGAUAUGCCUUCCACUGAUCACAUGGCAUGGUAGUCAACGAAAAGAUCGAUCAGACAGUGGAAACGCCGCAGCAGAAGCCAGCCAGAAUCGAUUGCGCCAUUCUAAACCUACACAGCACAUGUCCACGACCUCGGCAAACUAUGGGGACAUCUCAUAUCUAAACGCCAUGUGUCUCCACCAGAUCUACUCGCUGGGCUCUGGAAACCGCCAGCUCUACCAAAACGCGGACCGGUCGCGCGGGAACCUCAUAGGCAGUCUCAGGGGCAUGGGCCUCCUAAGUUCGAACCUGGCCGUUGGCAAUCACAGUGGCCCGGGCACAAACACCUUGAGCCAAGCUGAUCCUUCCACCUUGUACUCGGAGUGGUCGGCUUGGAUCAGCCGCGAACAGGAGCGCAGAACAGCCUGGGCAUCUUUCGAGUACGAUUGCAGCCUCUGCACCCUCACGAGCCGUCGAGGUGCAGUAGACCUAGGCGAGCUGCCGCUCUUGCUACCCUGCUCAGAAGCGUUGUGGGAUGCACCCUCGCCUCAGGUCUGGGUGGCGCUCAGAUCCCGAGCCACACGGCAAUCAUUUGGUCCGGCACUCUUCCCGAUCAUAAAGGCCACGCUGGCAGGCAACAAGGUUCCAGAGUACCUCGGAACCUGGGCUAAGCGACUGUGCUGCCAAGUCAUCGGGCGCUUGCUGUGGGACCUCAAGCAGCUUGAAAUCAUUGCCAUGCCGGAGCGUUUCGGGCUGAAGCCACUGCUAAACGCACACGAGCAGUCCAAGUCGUCCUUACUGAGCGCUCUCGACAAUCUGCUUGGGUCCAUGGACGCUCCUCGAACGACCGCGGAACUGAUCAGCUACAACAUCUCCGGACUGCUUUGCCACUACUCACAUCUGUACGCAGCUGAGGACAUCAUGGACAUUGUCGUCUACAUUGUGCGCAAGGUCAUAUCCCAGGAUCCCAGGGAUGGUCCAGAUCUCGAGUCCGCUCGGCGACGUCUGCGAUCUGCCUUUAGUAGAGACGCCCCAAAGGCACGCAAGCUGGUGUGGCACGCGGCCCAGAUCGUCGCCACCGCCAACGAGUACCUGGUCUCCGCGCCGUGCGAGAUCAUGCGCGUGUUCAUGGGGUACAUCUACAUUAUUGCGUUUGCUGAGCAUGGCCCGCCGACUGGUGAGGCAGCAGCAGCUGCUGCCGAUCAGGCCCCUGGCGUUCGGCUGGAUAUCCCGAAUCACCACGACGCAGGCACGGAGGAGGAGGAGCGUGUCACUAUCGACAUAGCUCGCUGGAUCGAGCACGGCGGCCCUGCAGGCUUGGGCAGGGUCAGCAACCUCUGCCGCGGCAGCGGCAGUGGUUGUGUAUCGCUUCUGAGCCAGGAUGCGCAGGCUAUGCUCUCGCAACUCAGCUGCUGGGGUCUGGCUGGCAAGUUUAUCAAGAUCCUGCAGACACUGGCAAGCACCGGCAUCUAGGUCUGAGGGAGCUCGUCCGCCGAAUAGCGGUAAUUAAUAUACAUCAAUAAAAGGAACACUUCACGCGCGUCCAGGAUCCAAUGCUGAAAAUCCAUAUUUCCUUCUGCUAGCUAUGAUACAGCAAGUAUUGCCACGCAAGAUUCCAUUGGCUUCGAAACAUUACGCACGGGUCUCGUACUAGUACAACUCCCUUAAAAGAUCGCGAUGCAGUUGGGCGGACUGCUAACGCCACCUGGCAUAUUCAACGGGGCAGACGUGACGAAGAACUCCCAGCGCUUCUCCUCCUCACAUAUCCUGCUCAGCUCUUCCAAGUCAAAAAGCUCACCCACAGGCAUACCCCAGCCAGCGAGCAGGUAUUCGUGCAUGAACAAGCCGGGCACAUCGGGAGCGUGCCUUCGGGGAUAAGACUUUUGUGGCGGAUACACCUCAAAGGAGAUGGCGUCACCGGCCACGGCCGCGAAGCCUUCG